AUGAUGUCCAAGGAUGGAACUGACUCGAAGAUCCCGAGUUGGGAUGGCUCCAGUCGAACUUGGCGUAGAUACCUCAAAGAGGUCUCCUGGUUUGCUGGUGGCACUAAGCCAGCACAGAGGAAGUCGUUGCCUAAUGCUGCAGCAAUCAUGUCGGAGUACUUCUCCUUCAAGCGUCGACCACAAGAACCCAUCGCUCAGUUUUUGGCUCGUGAAAGCUUAGGAUUUGAAGAGUUUGCAGAAGCACUGGCUCAGUUGAAAGAAGAGAAAGAAGGUCAUGAUCCUGCGCUUCGCAACUUUGACCUCCCCGACAUGUCACCUCAUCCUGAUGAGUCUGACCAUGACGGUCGCCUGUGGAGACAGUCUGAUCGCUAUCAAUGGCGGCAUUGGGAACCGCCGGAUGGCUCAGACGGCGGUCAUCGCGCUCCUGAGCGCGAGGAUGGCUAUGCUGGUGUCCUCCAAGGCUGGAGAUUGCUUGCGGCGGCUUCCCUCACUCAAGAGCAGUGGCGUGACAUCCUGGCCACGACAGGAAACAAGCUGGAAUACGAAAAGAUCGCUGAUGCUCUGACUACUCUGUGGGAUGAACAGUUGAUGGGCUAUCGACAGAGUCACCAGACCUCUCAGCGAUCCUUCAGCAACCACUGGAUUGAGCAGGCAGACGAUGCAGAGCUUCAGGACAUGCUGGAACAGGAAAAGGCUGCAGAAGCCAUGGCCAUGGAAGCUCGCCGAACCUGGUCACAGGCUCAGAAAGCCACGGUUGGUUUGAUUUUGGACUUUGCUGACGGUCAUGCGGUUUUCGCCAACACCAAAGACCCCUCCGCUUUCUUUUUGCAGAAGAAUAUGAAGGGACACUACAUGAUUGACAUCAUCCAGUACAUGACUGGCACUUCUGCUUUGGAAGCGGCGUCUCAGGUCCAAAGAUCUCCAGAAGCCUCGCCAAAAGCAGCUUAUGCAGCUCAGGUGAACCCCGUCAUUGUCAAGAAGGCCCUGGAGAAGCUUCAAGCCGACCUCCCGACCGGCCGAGCUCCAGCAGAAGAGCUUCCAAGAGCUGUACCAUUCCCUGAUUGCUCAGGCCCAGCAGACUCCUGUGGAUUUGGACGGCGACUCGGAAGUGGAGCUGAUCCCAUCGGGCAUCAUCUCAGCGACGACCAGUCCAGCCCGCUCCUCAUGAAGGACGUGAACAAGCAGGUUCGCUUUGAGCCUGAUGCGCCUAUGACGGAUCCUGUGGAGGAGGAUCCACCUGAUGAGGAGGGCAACGUUCCCAUCACCCUGGAGGACACCUUUGCAGUGAAAGCCAAAACUAAAAAGAAUUCAGUUGAUGACCGUGAAGGCCAUGAUUCAAGCCGCAACUGCUCUCCUCUUGUCAUCGGCUCACGUUGA